AAUAUAAUUGACACCAAAAUAAAUCGUUUUAAAGUAAAACACCAAAGAAGAAUUAAGAAUGGACUAACCUGUUAUUAUUUAAGAUAAGAACUGAAUUUAAGGAAUGAAGAGUUUGAUUACACAUCAAAAUUUGAAUAUAAUCAUUCGCAACAUGUCUAAAAAAUCGAACAAAAAAACUGAUACGAAAAUAAAAGAAGUUGUUCAAGAAAAAUCACCUAUAACAAUUGAUAAAUCAAAGAAUAUUUUAAUAGAAAUAUUAGCAAAACCAGGUGCUAAACAAAACUGUAUCACUGAUAUUAGUACUGAAGGUAUCGGUGUACAAAUAAAUGCACCACCUAGUGAAGGUGAAGCUAAUACCGAAUUAAUAAAAUUUAUGGCAAGUGUAUUAGGUGUAAGAAAAAGUGAUGUUUCAUUCGAACGUGGAUUCAAAUCACGACAAAAACUUUUAAAAUUAAAUUCUGAUUUAAAUUUAACAGUGGAACAAGUUCGACAGAAAAUUAAUACUGAAAUACAGAGUAAUUAA